AUGUCAUAUUACCAGAACGGCCAGUCAGCCUACUAUGGGCGGUCCAGCAACUCUCCCGCUGUGCCGCCUCAGCAGGCAUAUCCAUACGAGACCCAAUGCGCUUACGGUCCUCCACAGGACCAGCACAUACGGCGAGUUCCCAGUUACGAUCCAGGAGACGAUACGGAGUAUUUCGAAAAUGCACAGGGACAAGGGAUGAGGCCACCAGAAAACGCUGGGUAUCCAGUACAAGGUGGGCACGGUGUCGGCGGAGGAUAUGCCUAUACCAACGCUAGCAGCGGACAGGGCAGUUUGGGUUCGAGACGAUCACAGUUCUCUGCAGACAGCUCGCAACAAUCGCAACCCAGUCGAGCAUCGUCUCACGGUUCAGCGUUGUCGGGUUAUCAACGUCCGUACCAAGGGCCUUCAUCUGCGUCUCCCACUCAAUCUGUGUACAACCCGCAGCAAUUCGCGAGGCCGCACAUUCAGCCACAAGUACCUACAGGAUACAACCCUCAAGGGUAUACUGGGAUGACGAAUUCGCAGUACAACGGCUCUGCUCAUCCCUCGUAUAACCCGGCCGCGUAUCAGUCAACGAGCCUGGGUGGAUAUGCUGGUACCCAGCGACAACCAUACGUGAUGAAUUCAGCCCAGGCACCCCCUCCCCCGCCGCCUCGAGGGCCGGAACAUCCAUACGGUGCUCGUCGACCGAAUCGAUACGCCAAUUCUUCGCCUGAUCCGCAGUAUAACUACCCGUCUCCCACCCACCACGCAAGCUCACCGACUGCUCCUCGAAGAUCAUCCGUCUACGGAACGGCUCCCGGUCAUCCUUCUGUUGGGCCUCAUCGCGGAUCAGAUCCAGGGUCUGUGCCACAGCCGUAUCCCUAUGAAUCCCGAGUCCCGUCGUCUCCGUCACUCUCACAGUUCCCAGCACCUCCUGCGCAUGUACCGCGCAACGAAAAUUUUCAUGGAAAACGAUUGAGUAUUUCUAAUCUGCCAGGGAGGGGCUCUCUUCCUACCACACCGACUUAUCCGACCUCAACACCAUCAUCCCCGCGAAGGACAGACACAUUGACCCGCCACCCACAGGCGCGCCCCCUGCCUGGGCCCCCAGUGGAUUCUGACGACGGAACGACUUUGCACAAUGGCAUUGGGAAUCGACACCAAUCGGAAGAUAUGAGUUACGACGAUCUAUUGAAGGAGGUGGAGGCUGCCGUGAGUGUACGGCGCGGUUCGAGAGAGACACGUUUCGGACAAGGAGUCCCUGAUCAUGCUGAGGUCAAUGGACACAUCCCGUCCUCAGCCUUGCGCCUCUCUCCGGACGAAAGGCACACCCAUACCAACGGCAGUAUAGCCACCGGAACAGGGCAGUACGUGAAUUAUGGUGCAUAUAGUGACGACAGCGAUGCAGAGGCCGAAGCAGGUUUAGCCAUGUUGCAAAUGGCAGAUGAAGAGGAAAAGGCGAUGGCGGAACGCCAGCGAACUUACAGUGGCACCGCUGCGUCAAUAUUCAGCGCCUACGGAUCGCACUCCUCAGAUAGACGAGCCUCGACAUAUCAAGACACCGGCGGCGAUGAUAAUGAGUAUGUGAGUCAUGAUCUCUCCGUGUACGGAGGUGGCUACGAGGGACAUGUCCAUUACGGGGACAAUAACGAUACCAGUCCGGGUCUCUACGAUCGAAGCAGGCCCCCUACUACAUCAGGGUCGUUCCACAGCUCGAGUGCGUCUGUCGAUGGCCAUCCUGCCUUGUUGGAUGAGUACUACUACCAGUCUUCGACUCUUCCUUCGGAUGCCCGGGUUGAUACCGGAGGUACCGGUGGUCUGUCAGAGCCCGAUCCUACUGGACGAAGACUUAGUUUUGAUGAUGGAGAAGAGACCGAAGAGACGUAUAUGGCGUCUUACGACGAAGAUAUGUCGGACAGUCAGGGACCAGAAAACGGUGAACCUGAAGACCUUUUCUUCCAUCCUGGCAUGAGACCGCUUCCACCGGCUCCGGUUGAACCUGCGGACAAUGCAGUCCUACGUCCGCACUUGAUGCCUGCUGGCACUUAUCGACACGCGGAAUCCAGAAACGCGCAGCCAGGGGCCCAAUAUAGAGAGCCUCCAUAUCCUUCUUCUCCGGACAUCUAUGGACAGCCACAGGUCCCGCGAUCGGCGUCGUUAUCAAGUCACAGUAGCACUCCUCGCACUGACCCCCCUAUCAGGUCAAAGACGGAUUCCGAUCGGGCAAAGUACAAGCAACAGCAGGAACUCCUGCGUCAGCAGCAGGCUGGGUCAUUCGGUUAUGAUGCCACCCUCCAGCCAAGUGCUGUCGCUCUUGAUCUGCCUACCAUUCCUGCUGGGCGGCGUAAAAAGUUCAAUCCGGCCAAGCUAUCUUCUGAACAGUUCAACAGGUGCAGUGAGCCUUGGGCUCUGAGCUCCGUCGUCGCCUGGAUCAAGGAUCUCAGUGAAGAUGAGACCGAUCUGAAAGAGCAAGCGAUCAUUGACGCUAUCGUUGCUCUUUUCACUCAUAAAGUUCCUACUAUGAAUACAGCAGAUGCGGAGACCCUAGGGGCUCGAGUCGUCAAGAAUAUGCUCGCUGAACAAGCCCUGGUGAAGGAGGAGGAAUGGGUUAAGUUUGGUCCAGGGUCCUUGUCAGGGGUCCUUUUCCAGAUCACAGGGACAGGGUGCUACUCCUCGAAGUUGCACGAAGAAGAAACGGAGGUCUUCGGUCGCUGUUAUUCGCAUCAUUGCAUGAGAACCUUGAAGAAAGUCGAUUUAAAGGCGCAGGUGAUGGAGUCCGAAAAGAAGACAGAGGACUGGGUGACGUUCUAUAAGGUCCCGAAAGAAGUCUGGGAAUCGUACCCGAGGAAAGAGAUUGAUCGUCAGAACAAUUUGCACGAGAUCGUAACAACAGAGGAUUUGUACAUCGGACAGUUGGAUGUUCUGCGCGAGCUGUAUCGUGAUCAGCUGGCCACCGCGGAGCCCGCGGUUAUGAAUCCGAAGCGCCUCAACAAGUUCCUCAACGACGUUUUUGGCAAGGUUGAUCCAGUGAAACAAGUUAACGAAGAUCAUCUGCUUGCGCAGCUCAAGUAUCGUCAGAAAGAACAAGGGCCCUUCAUUGUCGGAUUCAGCGAUAUUUUCCGCGAGUGGAUCCGCAAAGCCAAAACAGUAUAUAUCGACUAUGCUGCCACUUUCCCCCAUGCGAACUAUCUCAUCCGGAAGGAGGCUGAAAGGAAUAUUCAUUUCCGUACGUUCCUUAAUCAGGCGCGUGACAAUAAGAUGUCCAACCGCCUCAGCUGGGAUACCUAUCUCAAGGCUCCUAUCACACGAAUUCAGCGGUAUACUCUCCUUUUGGCUACGGUGCAUAAGAACAUGGUCAAAGAUUCAGAAGAGAAAACGAACCUUGCUCAAGCCAUUGAGGAAAUCAAAGUGGUAGCAUUGGACUGUGACGCCAAGGUUGGCGAGAUGAGCAAGAAGGUAGAGCUCAUGGAACUAUCAUCCAAACUACAACUCCGACCAGAGAUGAAGAAGGAAGUCGAACUCAACCUCGAGCACUUGGGCCGACAGAUCAUCUUCGAGGGCGAACUGCAGCGUCCAGGUUCGAGAACGAGAUUUAAUCUUGUGGACACACAUGCCAUCCUGUUUGAUCAUUACCUUGUUUUGGCAAAAGCUGUCACAACGCGGGAUCCUACGAGAACGCUUAAGUACGAGACAUACGACGUGUCGAAACUUCCAAUUCCGAUGGAUUUGUUGGUACUGGAGAGCACGAAUGACGAUCCUGUAGUGAAGUCCGCUCUCAAGGGCAUUUCGGCCGUGGCGGGACAGCCGCAAGCUAUGUCACGGACGGGAGGUUCUAAUACAAUCAGCCAUGUAAACAGCAACUCUACACUUGUCCCAAGUACGACGCUUGAUAGCUCCAGGGAUGACAAUAUACUUUAUCCAUUCAGAAUAAAGCAUUUGGGCAAAACCGGAACAUACACCUUAUAUGCAUCCACCGCGCAGAAUCGACAAGACUGGUGCGAUAAGAUCAUUGAGGCCAAGACAAAACAUGCCGCAUCUCUCUUUGCUCAGAAUGCAGAACCAUUUCAUCUACGCGUGCUUGCAGAUGCAGCUUUCGGUUAUUCCGACCAAGUUGCAGGCUACUCAAGCGUUGUCAUUGAAGGCACACCUCUUGAUCGUGCUAUUAAGGAUGUCGAAUACCGGUAUGCGCCGGCUGGGCCUAGGCCACCGCCUAUUUGCAGGGCACCAGUCAAUUGUGCCACAGUCUUCCAGCAGCCGCAGGGACGAAUGAUGUGUGCAAUCGGUACCGACUAUGGUGUGUAUAUAUCAGACUACAACGACGCCCGUGGAUGGAAAAAGGCCAUGACGAUAUCGGUUCUUCGCGUGACGCAGAUUGCGGUAUUUGAAGAGUUCAAUCUUUUCCUCGUGAUCGCAGACAAGUCCUUGAUAGCGUAUCAUCUCGACGCCGUUUGCCCUGCCAGUGGAGUGACCACUCAAGCUACGGUUAAUGAUUCAGCCAGGAAAGCACCGCAGAAGUUGUCUGGCAGCCAUCAGAUCGGUUUCUUCGCUGCGGGACGCAUGAAAGAUCGCACCCUUAUCAUGUACAAGAAGCGGGAUGGCAUGUCAUCUACAUUCAAGGUCCUCGAACCGGUGCUUCAGAAAUCCACAUCAAGCCGCAACCGUUUCUUCAACUUGCGCCGCGGACAGACCGAAUUCUUCCGCGAAUAUGACGAGUUCUACAUCCCCGCAGAAAGCUACGGGAUCAACAUGUUCCACUCAUCACUUGCUAUUUCGACUCAGCGUGGUAUAGAAGUUCUCACGCUCGAUAAAAAGUUGCCAUGGACAGUGCCCAAUCUGCGGUCAGACAUCCCGGAGGCGCAACCGUAUCUGACAAGCAUAGCCAAUCGGAUCAAGGACUUGCGGCCUUUGGGCAUGUUCCGACUAAGCGACAGCGAGUUUUUGGUUGCAUACUCCGAGUGCGCCGUCUAUGUCAACAAACAUGGCGAUGUCUCUCGCAGCGUGGUUAUGGAGUUUGUUGGGCGUGCUCACACUGCAUGUCUGUGUGGGAAGUUCCUUAUCCUUCUCAACGAAGACUUCAUUGAGGUUCGCAAUGCCAUGAACGGGCGGCUAAGACAGGUCAUUCCGGGACAUAAUGUCGUGUGCUUAGAUGAUGGAAGCAGUAUGCCUGGCUCUGGAAACAGCGGCGUCAGCAGCUCUUCCAUGGGUGGCAAUGUCAACUUUUCUGGCGGAGCAGGCGGACGCGCCAACGGCACAUCUGCUACUAGUAGUGGACGUACUGUCAAGGUCUGCAUGCAACAUCCAGAAUUUGAGCGCUGUCAGAUCGUCGUUGAGCUUGUUGAGAAUGAGCUGCAACAAGAUUAG